AUGACCGCAGCAUUGCUACAUCUCGAGGAUUAUCUGGACACAAUCGAGUCGCUGCCAUUGGAACUCAGUAGGAACUUUACUCUGCUACGAGAACUCGAUGCCAUGGCUCAGGACAACACUGGCAAAGUCGAAAAGGAAAUCAAGGACUUUCUCGCAAACCUCCAUACCCUCUCUGUCGACCAACGAGAGAAUGCUCUGGCCCGAAUCGCCGUCUCUUUCAAAGAAUCCCUCAAACAUGGCGAAGAGAAGGUCGCUCUCGCUGUACAAACUUAUGAUAUGGUGGAUCGGCACAUUCGUCGUCUCGAUGAAGACUUGAGCAAGUUUGAAGAAGAACAAAUGACUGGUCCUAAACUUAUGGUUGAACGAAAGGAUUCUGAUCCACAGAGGACUAUAGUGGAUCCAGGUCAAGCAGUAACCCCAGCAAAGAAGAGGAGAUUGAAUGUCAAGGAACCGGAAGUGGUCAUACCUCCUCCACAACCAAAACCCAAAAUGAAUCGCGCCACUGAGAAACCAGUCAGGGAAGCUGUAAAGAAGGCUGCUGAAGUCAAGAGUGCAGCAGCUUCUUCCGGCCAAGGAUUGGCUCCAUUGGAUUUACCUAUUGAUCCUAAUGAACCAUUAUAUUGUGUCUGUAAUCAAGUCUCGUAUGGAAACAUGAUUGCGGUAUGA